ACACCUCUGGUCACACCCUUGUUUUGGCCGCAAAACAUGCAAAAUAAACACUUGAAACUGCUGCUGCGCUGCCUCCUGGCUCUGCCCCUCAUCCUUCUUGUGGACUACUGCGGCCUGCUGACCCACCUGCACGAGCUGGACUUUGAGCGUCACUUUCACUACCCGCUGCAGGAUGACCAGGCCGCCGCCACCUCGGGCGUGGGCGAGUACUCCUAUUUGCGGUUGCCCGCAUUCACGUCAGAGGUGCAAGUGGGGCAAGAGCCGCCCCGCCUGACGCUGCUGAUAAAGAGCGCCGUGAGAAAUGUACGGCGACGCGAGGCCAUCCGGCGUACAUGGGGCUACGAGGGCCGCUUCUCGGACGUUCACCUGCGACGCGUCUUUGUGCUAGGCAGCGCCGGCGAGAGCGAGAAGGACGUGGCCUGGGAGUCGCGCGAACACGGCGACAUCCUGCAGGCAAACUUUGUGGACGCGUACUUCAACAACACGCUGAAAACGAUGCUGGGCAUGCGCUGGGCCACCGAGCAGUUCAACCGCAGCGACUUCUAUCUGUUCGUGGACGACGACUACUACGUUUCGGCCAAGAAUGUGCUGCGGUUUCUGGGCCGAGGCCGGCAGAGCCACCAGCCGGACAUGCUCUUUGCGGGCCAUGUAUUCCAGACAUCGCCGCUAAGGCACAAGUUCAGCAAGUGGUAUGUCUCUCUGGCGGAGUAUCCCUUCGAUCGCUGGCCCCCCUACAUCACUGCCGGCGCCUUUAUGCUCUCCCGACAGGCCCUGCUCCGCCUGUACGCCACCAGUGUCCACACGCCACUCUUUCGCUUCGACGACGUUUACUUGGGUAUUGUGGCGCUAAAGGCGGGCAUUCCGCUGCAGCACUGCGAGGACUUUCGCUUCUACCGGCCCAAAUACAAGGGUCCGGACAGCUACAGUGCGGUGAUAGCCUCGCACGAGUUUGCCGACUCGGCCGAAAUGGAGCGGGUGUGGAACGAGUGCCGGUCGGCUAACUACGCAUAGCAGGGGAGAUCGAGAUCAAGACCUAGAGUGUACAUAUAGAAGAGUCAUGUCCCGCCUUAUGAACGAAAUAAUUGUAGAUAACUUGAACAACUUCUUUAGCUUAAGACAUGUUUUUAACGCCAUUUUGAUGUAUUUCACACAAUAAAUAAACAAAAAACUUCAA